AACUCCGCGCGUCUCGCAGCCCGCCGGGAAGCGUCAGGGCAGAGGCGGGGUGGGGCGCGGUUAAAAGGCGCUGCAGGUGGGAGCUAGGCCUGCACCCGAAGCAGAGCGGGAGCGCCGACUGCACACUCCCGGCACCGGCCCAAGAGCCCGUGGCGCCCCAGCCGGACCUGCUGCCGGGUUGCAGCGGAGGGCGCCUCUCUGCGCCGAGAGCCCCGCGCCGCCGGACCCCAGACCCCGGCCGCAGUCCCGCGGAGCAGGUGACCUCGUCACUGAACUAAAACUGCACAAAGAUUUAUAGUCAUGUCAUUACUGUGCAACAUCGGCUUUUAAGCAAUCAAAUGGUGUAGAAGAAAGCCUGAAACCCUUGAGGAGGAGGGAAACUUGCCUAAUUCUUCUCCAGGCCAAAAAGCUGUGAGUCCUUGGAAGUCUAUCAAAUAUUCAAUGACUAACUUUGAAAGGGUCAUCCAAAGGGAAAUAGAACUUUCUAGAAAGACACUUUCCACCUCUUGGUGUCUGCUACAGGGAAUAAGCCAACACAAUGGACUGGGGUACCCUACACACUUUCAUCGGGGGUGUAAACAAGCACUCCACCAGCAUCGGGAAGGUAUGGAUCACCGUCAUCUUCAUUUUCCGUGUCAUGAUUCUUGUAGUGGCUGCUCAGGAAGUGUGGGGUGAUGAACAGGAAGAUUUUGUCUGCAACACUCUGCAACCAGGGUGCAAAAAUGUGUGCUAUGACCACUUUUUUCCUGUGUCCCACAUCCGGCUGUGGGCCCUGCAACUCAUCUUUGUCUCCACCCCAGCCCUGCUGGUAGCGAUGCAUGUCGCCUACUACAGACACGAGGCUGCCCGCAAAUUUAGGCGAGGAGAGAAAAGAAAUGAAUUCAAAGACUUAGAAGACAUUAAAAAGCAGAAGGUUCGAAUAGAGGGGUCCCUGUGGUGGACAUACACCAGCAGUAUCUUUUUCCGAAUCAUCUUUGAAGCCUCCUUUAUGUACGUGUUUUACUUCCUUUACAAUGGGUACCACCUGCCCUGGGUGUUGAAAUGUGGGAUUGACCCUUGCCCCAACUUGGUCGACUGCUUUAUCUCUAGACCUACUGAGAAAACCGUGUUUACCAUUUUUAUGAUUUCUGCGUCUGUGAUUUGCAUGCUGCUUAAUGUGGCCGAGUUGUGUUACCUGCUGCUGAAAGUAUGUUUUAGGCGAUCAAAAAGAAUGCAAACACAAAGAAAUCAUCCCAAUCACGCCCUAAAAGAGAGUAAGCAAAAUGAAAUGAAUGAGCUGAUUUCAGAUAGUGGUCAAAAUGCCAUCACAGGCUUUCCAAGUUAAACAUUUCAAAGCUCUGGGUAACUGACUCAUAACAAAAGUGGUGCCUUCUCCUGAAGGCAACGCCCACAUAAAAAUCCCUUCCGUAGGCUGAAGACUUUGUCUUUAAAAAUGCUUUCAUAAUACAUAGACUUGAGUUAACUUUUUGUAGAAUAAUUGUUCCAUUAAUAUGCAACAUAAUCAAAUAUGUGGUCCAUCUCUGAAAACUAAGACAGGAUUACAACUGUACCUUGAAGUAAAUUUAACAUGUUUAAGUAGACUGUCUGACAUACUAGGUAUUUCCUGAAAAUUUAAGUGUGUAGCUGUUGUUGAUGAAGAACAUUUAUGUAGAAAUCGAUACUUUGAUUAGUAAAAGAUAUUUUUAUAGGGUUGAAUGUUUUAGUUCUGACUUUGAAUUUAUAUAAAGUAUUUUUAUAAUGACUGGUCUUUCUUAUCUGGGAAAACAUAUGAUGUUAGUUUUAGAAUUAUGCCAUGAGUAUCUAAAUUUUGAACUUACAAAGAGCCUAUCUUGUUGUAAAUAGAGUUUUGCAUUAUCUAUUGACAAAUUUAUGAACUAUCAUGAUACUCUUAAGGUGGAAAUUGUUCAUUGUACAAUAUAUUUUUAUUGCUUCCUGAAUGUAGACAGAGCUGUAUGGAAGUAGGAAGCUUUUUAAAACUAGGCAAUUUGCAAUCAUUGUGAACAGCUGACAUGAAUGCGCUCACCUCAAUAAAGAUUAGCCCCAUCGCUAUGCCUUCAUCUGCA